AGCGCGGAGGGAAGAGGCCGUCACACUAAAGAAGCAGAAGAAGAAAAGAAAAGGGAGGAGAAGAAGAACCGGGGGUGCAGGCGGAGGACUCUGCGGCGGUUGGAUGUAGCUGUUUGCGGGUGUUUUGCGGGGAAUGUGCGGCUCCUCCUCAGCUGCUCUCCAACUUUGUGAAUCUGUGCUCUCAUGGUGAGAGGCGGACGCAGAGGAUGGGAGUUACCUGGUCCUCCAAAUGCCUCGCACUCUUUCUAGCUCUACACAUAGUCUCCGUGUUGCAGACGGUGCUCGUCAGUGCUGGUCAAUGUGACUCGGUGUUCAAGGGUUUCUCGGACUGUCUCAUUCAGCUGGGGGACAACAUGGCCAACUAUCCCCAGGACCUGGAUGACAGGCAGAACCUGCACCAGAUCUGCAAUUACUGGGAUAACUUCCACUCCUGUGCCACGACGGCGCUGGCGGACUGCCAGGAGGGAGCGACGGACCUCUGGGAUAAACUGAAAAAGGAGUCCCGCAACCUGAAUUUCCGCGGGAGUUUGUUUGAACUCUGUGGUGGCGGCAACGGAGCCCCCAGAUCUGCCGACGCCAGGGGCCUCACCUUGGUCCUCACCGCACUGCCCACCGUACUGACUUGGCUGGCGUUUUAACAGAAAUAAGCAAAAACAUGGAAACACCAAGUGAAAAGAAGUAAAAAAAAAAAAAGAAGAAAAAAAGGAAAAUUCCAGCUGAAAAAAGAAAAUAGGAAAAGAGUGAUAGCUACUCUCCGAAUAUACAGAAAACUUCUGAGUUCGCAUUCAUCACAAGAAAAUACUCCCCGAAUGGAUUUUACUAUGACAUCACUGUACGGCACUCCGGUUCGCCUUCCUGGGACCUCUGCAGGCCGCCGUCCUCCCAGAGCGUUCAUCCAAUCACACGCAGACCCGACCCAGAGGUCGAUAAUAUGAAAUAUUCAACACGCCGUCGAGCUGAAACGAUGACAAUGAUGAAAACCUGAUGGAUUCUCGCCCGCUUACAACCGUGGAAUUACACAGUAUUAGAGUCACCAUGAAUUAUUGAUGUUUAGUAGGCUUGGCCUAGACAGCACUGUGUGACUGCGGGGUGCUGACACAGUAUCAGGCUAUAUAUUAGAGCUGCCAUAUAGCCUAUGGUACAUAUUCAUGUGUAACGCGAGGCCACAAAAUCAAUAAGACGAGCCAAGGCCUCGAGCCCAUUCAGACCUGACACCUCAUUCUCACCAUGGACAGAUUUUUUUUAUUACGCCGAGUAGACUCAGCUGAGCGAGCUACAUCUGAUGGACUGAAUGCUUCGUGUAAUCUUUGUAUUGGCUGUUUGUUGUUUCCAGGCCACGGUCACACCACUGCGUAAUAACUGGUGGCAAAGACAGCUUAGUCAAAUGUCCCCCUGUACACGUCGACUUUUACAGGCUGGACACAAAGCUGCAGUGACAGUACUGACCUUUGACCCCUGCAGCACUGCUCGCAGUCAACACUGUUCUUACAUUCGAAGUGUUUCCCUUUGGGUUAUCGAGCCAGCCGCCACACCACGCGUCCGGUGUGACCGUGGCCUUGUUUUCCUGACCAAACUCUGGGGUGCAGGGAUGUAGUCGAGUAUAACGCCUGCUUGUCCUUAAAGAACAGUUUAGACUGUUGUUAACUUGCAUGAUAUCAGUUCAGAGACUCUCAAACGUUUCAGGAAAUGGGCACAAAAACAUUAAAUGUUUUAUACGCUGUUGUCAGAUUCACGUUAGGCCAAGGCGAGCCAACGAACCAGAGCUUUGUGCUGCUGUUUGAUAAACUUUAUUAGGAUUCUUCGUGCUGUUACUGCAUUAUGCACUUCCUGUAACAGUUUCAGAUUAAAAGCCUUUUAGAAACUAUCACAACAAAGAACAAAAAGUGAAAUGAACACAAUUUUAUUUUAGCAAUAGCUCACAACAGGUGACAAUAUAUUGUGAUUAAUAAAUGCUCACUUUUAACCAAGUAUUGCUUUAUGAAAGUUUUAGACAUGUUUCAGUUUAAACUGUGUAAUUUACAUGUGCUUAAAGCACUGAAAAAGGUUGAAGUAAUAAGCCCUCCUGGGCACCAGCACGUAGUGCCAGGAAGUUACUAUGCAACGCACCAGAUGUUUAAUUUGAGCUUUUUUUAAAAAAUCAAAGGUUCAUUAUUAUUAUUAUUAUUUGGCUGUUUGUGUAUGCUGGCAUUUAUUGUGUAACCACUAAAAAACUGUCCAGAAAACAACACAAAGCAGGCUAAUGUUAGCCAGCUAGCUUGAAGCUUUGGUAAUGUAAAAUUAUAAAAAUAAUGUCCAAACUUUACAAUCAGAGGAGUUUUGGUGCAUUAGCUGAAAUCACCCACUCGGAAACUUUACUUUGCUAUGUCGGCAGCUAGCUUGGAGGUCUCUUUAGAUUCCCAACGCCAAAGGGAACUUCCUGAAUUAAACCCAUUUUGCUGAUGAUGUUAAACCCAGUUUAACUGUUUCUAGAUAAACUGGCUUUCUUCUGAGUAAUGUUUGCUAACUUGUUUGUAGUCAUGUAAAGGAUUUAGGCAGAUUUCCUGAUUUAAGCUUUAACUGUUGAAGUUAUUCUAUUAAAGCAGUAGAAAUGUACGUCAUGCUUUACAGAUAUAUAAUUCAUGACUUUUUUCCCAGCUCAUAUUCGGAGGUGGCCUUUAUUUGUUGGUAUCGACCACACUUCCUGUCAUGGUCUUUUUAAUUGACUGUGUGUCCAUGCCUUCAAAUCUAGCAGGACUCUGCAAAGUAAGAUAUGCCCAGGGGUGAAAGUAGUUUUAAAUUCUUGCCGGUACUAUGACAAGCACACAUACACACACACACACACACACAUAUAUAUAUAUAUAUAUUGGUUGUUAAGGAACUGAGAUGUUUGCACACUUAACACAUCUGAUGACCACCUCCAUGCAUUCUGGCUCUGUCCGCAAAUACAAAACUUCUGGACAGAAGUAACCACCAAACUUUCACAAAGCUCAGUCCUCUUGGCAUCCACUGUGUUUUGGAGCUGAAUGCGCUCUCAUGUAGCGUAAAUGAAAUUUCUGGUCAUAAGCAGUGUUUUUGAGCUGUGCUGUGUUGUUGAAAUUGAGCAGA